CAAUGUCCAUGCGGAGAUAAUCUCCAGCGUGUGUCAUGGAUUGGGGUAGCCGAGUGAAACAUUUGUAGCUUACAAUUGUUCGCGAAUGAAUGAGAGCUUACAUCAGGAGAAAGUGUGAAUCUCGGUCAGCUGUGUUUGGCGAGAGCUUGGAGCUGUGAACUACACGACCGUUGCAAGCAACGUUUUCGACAAUCUUACUAAACGUUGACAACCCGUAAAAUUGCCGGUUUGCGAUUGCAAGUACAGGCUCGAAGGAAACUUGCAACGCAGAACUCUUGCCGAUAUGGGUAUUAAGGAAAGUUUACGCGUUGAAAACAGGUUCGAAGGCUGCUUGCAACCAUGUACUCCGAUCAAUACGAACUUUCGUCCGCUUCGAAAUUUUCAAAGUUCACAUCUGCAGGUUGGCAGAUUAUUGGGGUCUGGUGGCUUUGGUAUGGUCUACGAGGCGAGAUAUCGCGGCAAGCGCUACGCCUUGAAACAGUGGCAUAAAUCUACGAAGAAUCUUCGAGCGACCGAGGAGAGUUUCGAUGCCGAAGCUUCGACGUUGCAUUUUCGCCAUCCGAACAUUGUGCGCGCAUUGUGCGUGCUCGAACUCGGCGGAUUUCACAGUUUGAUCUUGGAAUACGGGGGCGAUAAAAACUUGCAGGAAGUUAUAAAUUGUCCAGAGGAAAGCAUAAACAACUCGCGUCAGGUGAAAUUUGCGUUGGAUAUCUCGCGCGGACUCGCGUUCGCUCACCGUCAAGGCAUAGCGCACUUGGAUUUGAAGCCCAGCAACGUUAUCGUGUCAAAAUACGACAAUUGCAAACUCGCCGAUUUCGGCUGCUGCCAGAACGUCGGCGAUGAGAACGAACGACCUGCAAGUCCAACCAAGUCCAGUCUUACAGGUACAUUUGCAUACCUUGCUCCAGAACUGUUGAAAGGGGACUGCCCUACCACAAAGGCAGAUAUAUACUCUCUCGGGAUCUGCUUGUGGCAAAUGCUUACGAGAGAGCGACCGUAUGGUCACGACAAUCAACAUGUCGUUAUAUUUGCUGUGGUCGCCUAUCAGCUAAGGCCAAAGAUACCAAGCGAGAAACAGUUGGAAGGCAGGGAAAAGUGUUACGCGGACAUCAUGAGGAAAUGCUGGCAGGCCGACCCUGUGCAGCGGCCAUCUGCAAGAGAAUUAGUGAAAAUACUCAAGAAAUGGGAGCAAUAUUGCGAACCUGUAUUGGACCUCGAUGAUUUUUGCAUUCGAUCAACAUUUUAUGCAAAUCAACCGUGUAAAUGAUCUUAUCCACGUGUCGUCGUCAUGGAAACGCACGAGAAGCAUUGUGAGGGAUGAUUGUAUUGUUUGUUCAUCAGCCAUAAAUAACAGCUGCAUCAAAGCAGGACACAAGCGUUCGAGACGACACCUCUAGCAGCUCCUUGAAGAGAAAACUGACCAGCACGACUGCGGUGUGUUUCCCGGACGCGUUAAUGCAAUAUCUGCUCCAUGAAUACAGAGUGCAUUUUAUCACCAAAACAUUUUUUAUAGCCACCCACGUCAAAAGACUAGCUCUGCUAAUGACUUAUAUCUGAUUAUCAUUCAUAUUUAGAGACGGCUCGGCUGCUGAAUACAUGACAACAUGCGCCAAAAUCUAGGAUAUCUCGGCAUAAUAUUUUUGGCUAAUUAUCUUCAAUGUGGCAGUGUAUGAUUUAUGUUGAACGUAAUCCCAGCGCAUUUUCUAAGGAGGGGGGGGGAGGGGAAGAAACAUAGCCCGAAUGAGACCUAACAUUUCAAUAUCAUUUAUCAUCGCUUUAAAACGAGUCUCUAGAUGUUCAUAUACUGUAUAUACAUAUAUAUAUAUAUAUAUACCUAUGUAUUUUUGCAUGGGUUUAAUCCUAAGCAUGCAUUUCUCCACAAAAUAUUCUCGGAUUUUUUAUAUUUUUUUUCUUUCUAAUUGCAACGAAUUCAUACACCCUACGUCAGUAUGUAUUUAUCUUUCUUUUUAUCUCAAAUAAAUAUACACAAGAAAACGUCAAUUCUAAAGUGUAUACGUCCUUAGAUAACGAUUUGCUGACAAGAUGUAAACACACGCUUCUUCUAAAAAAACACUAAAUCUAGCUGUUUGGUAAUUCCAGCGAAUCAAAUAGGUUUUCACUCCGAAAAAAAAAUUAAGUUUUAAAAAACUGUGCCAAAUUUAGAUUGCAUGAUAAUACAGUAUGUCAGUAUAGCAUGAUAUAUUUCAGACUUUUGUUAAAUAAUUCUAAUUUUGUAUACU